CGCGUACCUGUAACCGAUGGUUCCAAAAUUGGGACUUGCGACUCCAUCACAAGCACUAUUUAAAUUUACCUGAAUGCGACCCUGUAAAGCAUGCUCACGGAAAGCAAGGCGAUCUCUCCCUCUCCCACUUAAAAUAACAUUUCGACAGCAUCACUCACGCUCACCUCUAUGAAUUUGUUGACAGCGGUUUGAACACGGCAAAACAUAUUGAGCCGAGAUCCGUAGCAGCAUCCAAAGGCAGGGCAAGGAGCGGCGUAACUCAUAAAGCACGAUAGAAAAAUCCGAACAACUCGGGUUAGUUCGGAUGAUUAUGAGAUCUUUGGGUCGGUCCGUGCUCGGCAUGUUAACGCUGCCAAAACUAAUACCGUUCCGAACGCGCUAGAGAGCAGCCAGUGCGCGACGUGGUUAAUUUGCUCAAGGUUUGCAAAAAGUGCAACAGUGAACAUAUAGUGAUUUUUUUUAACAUUUUUGUUCUGUACUUUUCAUAGGUCUAGUGUCAAAAAGCUAAAAUAAAAGUUAGUAAGAUUAGUGGUGGUUAGAACUUUUACACAAGUGGUUAGUAAUGUUAAUAUGUGAAGCCAUACAUGCAAAUUUCCUAAAAUUCAUUGUCUACUUAAAACUAGGGUAGUGUCACCGAUAAUAGUCUACACCACAAAAGUGAACAUUAAGUCUGUGUAAACUAGAAAGAAAAAGCUUUUGUCCAAGUCACCAUUGUACCCCGGAUAACAAUGGAACCGAGGAGAGUCCCCAAGCAGGACUGAACAGGCCAGCCAUAGCCGCACUCGAAGGACGCCAUUUUGGACUUCGGAACAGUCUCAAUGCGUUCAGGUUCCUAUGGUGUCUCGCCAGACCAGCUACAAGACGGACAGUAAGCAGAUAUCAACUACGUCGGGUUCCAAAACGUGUCGACCAAUCUCGGGUGACAAUUGGUGAAGUUACCCUACCAGAUCAGAGUUGCCCUUCAGGUCAGGUAGCGUCCCGCCGUCAAGGGAAUGUGUCCAGAAUCGCCCAGUCCAGCUAGCCCGUGCCAUCAAAACUAGACCGUAACCGCAAGUAGCAAUUGUGACGUCACAAAAAUUAGAAUUAAGCCAAAAUCCAAAGUUUAUGUAUGUAACAGUAUUCAAUAUAAUUGUGCAUGUGAAUUCCAUGGUUUAAAAGUCAUUUCAGGAUGUUAAAAGUGUCACUAUAGUUCCUUUUUGUUCGUUUUUCUCCGGACCCACAAAGGGGUCUUCAUGCCUCACUCUCUUCGUGGUCUAAACGGAAUUGUUUUCGCAGUUUGGCCUUUGAGCUUUCUCUUCUCAUAAGACGUGGCUAGUGAGUUUAACCAAACUAAGUUAUGCUGGUGGAUAUGCUCUUAGUUUGAGUUCCUGCUGGAAAUUGAAACAUUGAGUGACGUGUGUUGAGCUGUAUCGAUUCCCCUCCUUCCGACCCUGUAGAUCACCCUUUCCAUUGAGCAUAGCCGAGGGGGUUAUAAAUUGGCGCCCAACAUAAAAACAUAGAAUAAUAAAUUGAGUGAAUCGGUUACAGCAUCUUUUCGGAUCCGGGAGAGAGAGGAAGAAAACAGCCUCGACUGUUUUCAAAGUGUUGCGUUCUCUAAACAGCAAUCAGUUAGGUUUUAUUUUAAUUAUUUGCAUGUUCUUAGUUUGUUGAAAUUCCAUCGAGGAACCCCUCGGUGUGAUCUUAAUUCGGGUUUUUCGAUUGAGUUCAUUUUGGUUGUUUUGUUGCAUGUUUACUGUUGAUGUUGGAAUAGUUUUAUCAAUUUUUUUAUAUUUUUAGGCAUUUUUCCGGAAUUUUCGUGGAUGAAGAUGUGUUCAAGAGGUAAAGAGUGAGCCCGAGAAUCACAGUGGCUAAUUUUAAACCGUCCUGGAGUCUGAUUCUUAGGAAUCUUGACAGAGAAGGGUGAGUACAGUUGGAGAUAAGCGUGAGUCUGAUAAGGGCACAGACGUUGAUCGGGCCGUGAUUCGUGCACCCUCUACAUCUUGAACACGUCUACAAAACGAAAUAUUCUUGGCCAUGGAUUCAGAGAUGCAAGUCAAGUACAAGACCUUGCUUGUCCAUCAUUUGGAUAAGCAAGAAGUUGAAUUUGAACUGGAUGUGCGUGCCGUGCCGUUCGAAAAGACCGAAUCGGUAGGAGUUUUGAGAAGGCGUUUGAGAGAAGCUUUGAAGGAUAAGGGGGAGCAGGUUGAAGUGGACUUUUCCAAGUGCGCAAAUCGCACGGUAGAUGAAGAGAUCAAGGUGAUCGAUCAUAAUGUCGAGGAAAUUAGGGACUUCUUGGAGAAGAAGAAAAACUUUGAAGGGAUUAAGGACUCCUUGAGGACUCGUUUAGUCCAUUACUUUGCCCGGUGUUCGGCCAUUCAAGGGGCAGCAGAAGAAGAUGUCGAUUUAGAAGACUUGGACAAACUUUUGAGUACAGUCCGGCAGUUGUACAAUACGUACUUCUCGUUAUUCACGCCUGUUGAAUCUAUUCGCAAAGAAGUGAUGCUUCAAAUUUCGAAUUCCUUAACCCAACUGCAGUUGGCUCAGCCAGGCACGUCUGGUGUUAUAAGACAGGUCCAGAGUAGGUCACAGGAAACCCAAACGGAGGAUGAUUUAGGGUCUCAGGAAGAGGUAAGGUCAAAGCAGUCGAUCAGCAGAGGUUCUCUGCCGCGGCGACAGCUAAGGUCCUCUUUGGAACCUGCUAGGGAAUUGUCACCAAUGAUGAGUUUUCCAUCAGUGGUGCAACAGCCAUCGGUAUCAGGGCUGAAUUCCCGCCGAUCGCUGGAGGAAAGAGUAUUAAACCGUAUCGAUUUGUCGGGAAGAAACCGAAAUCUGAUAGGCAAAGGUAACACUUCCGAGAAAGAAUCGGAUUCUUCCUCGUCACAGUCUCCGCCAAGUAGACGAAGGUCCAGACAUCGAAGGUCCAAUGUGAAGCGUAGUAGACCGGUAUCGGACUGGAAUUUACGGUACGACGGUAGGGAUGGAGGACAAGGAUUGAUGCGCUUUAUCAAGGAGGUGGAUUUUUAUGCCAAAUCUGAGAACAUUUCCGAGAAGGAGCUGUUCCGUUCCGCAAUUCACUUGUUUGCGGGGGCAGCCAAAAUUUGGUUUAUGGCGGGAGUCGAAAAUGGCGACUUUUCUACCUGGAAAGACUUAGUCUCGGAAAUGAAAAGAGAAUUCCUGAGCCCAGAUCAUGACCAUGUCAGUGAGUUCAGGGCGAUAGAAAGAAAGCAACGACCCAAAGAAAAAUUUCAGGAUUUUUUCUUUGAUCUGCAAAAACUUUUCAAUUCACUAACCAAGCCGAUAUCCGAAAGGAAGAAGUUCGAGAUAGUCUUCCGUAAUCUCAGAGCGGACUACAAAGGCUAUGUAGUUGCAGCUAAUAUUGAUAAUUUGGCUGAUUUAAAACCUUUCGGUCGAAAACUUGACGCCACGUUUUGGUACAAGUAUGAGAACCGUAACACGGAAGAGAACGCUUCCAAGAACCGGAAUCAGGUUGGUGAAAUGAAGGUAAACGCCAAACCAAAGUCAGCAGGGUCAGUCAGUAGGCCAGAUAAACCUCGAUCAGAUCAAAAACCUCCCAGUAAAGUCGAGGAGGAGAAAGUUGCAAAGCAACCUUCAAGCGCGAAUCAACAGGGUGAUGAAAGUCAGGGACAGAGUAGUAGCGGAGUAGAUAAAGGAUUGCAGGCGAUUCUGGAGAAAUACACUCCACCCAAACCUGGUGUUUGUUACAACUGCCGACUUUCUGGGCAUCACCAAGCGGAUUGUGACCGCCCUAAACAUAAAUUCUGUUUUAGGUGUGGGUUCUUCAAUUUUGACACGAAAAACUGUCCAUUUUGCGCAAAAAACGCGUAAAUACCCGUCUGAAGGGGCAGACGGAAGGACAGAGCGUUACUAAAUCCCCUAUCAAACCCGAUUGUACCGUUUGCUCACUCGGUCAAAGACCGGUGGAAGACGACGAAUACAUGUUUUGUUCCAGUGUAGAAAUU